AUGUCGGAGGUACAAUCUCGACCAGCUGCGCCUCGGGGUAGAGGCUCAGCUCGAGGUGGACGAGGAGGUUUCUCAUCCAGAGGGGGCCGCGGUGUUAGAGGUCACGCAACCAACGGAGACAAGGCAGAUUCCACAACAACAUCAAUUGAAGAUGAUGGCGAAGUUGGCCAGCUGAAGAAGAAGUAUGGUAGCAAGGUCACAACCAUCAAGGAGAUGUUUCCCGAUUGGACAGAUGAGGACGUCGUAUUUGCUCUCCAGGAGACAGAUGGAGAUCUUGAGACUACGGUUGAUCGCAUUACUGAUGGCACGAUCACUCAAUGGGGAGAGGUUUCGAAAGGCAAGAAGGAUCGAUCCAAGUCCAAGGUCAAAGAGACUUCGACAGUCACAUCGUUCGGCGAUUCUACCAACCAAGCCAGAGUCUCACGCGGCGGUCGAGCUGGCUUUGAUGGUGCUAGAGGAGGCCGUGGUCGUGCUACAGAGCGAGGAGGUAGAGGUGGACGAGGUCGCGCACCCACAAAUGGCGUUCGCAAGGAGAACACCAUCGAAACUUCUACUCCAACUGUCGAAUCAACUGCAUGGGAAACAGCUCCAUCGGGUGAAUCAUCCUGGGAUAUUCCAAAGGCCACUGAGGAUAGCUCGGAUACCACAAAGCCGGCACAGGAUAGUUGGAGCUCAACCGCGACUGGAGCUGCGGCUGCAACUGCCACAGCAGCUGCGAAGGUGACAUCGAGCGUCAUUCCAGACGGUGUCAAGAAGAGCUGGGCGAGCAUUUUUGCACCUGCUCCAACCCCAAAGAAGGCACCAGAGCCAGUCGUUGAGAAGACUGCCGAACCUGCCAAAGUCGAAGAACCUGUCGAAGCCCCUGUACCAGAACCUGAACCGUCGAUCGAAGAACCUGCCUCAGUUGAGCCUGUGGAAUCUACCCCUGUCGAAGAACCUCUUGCGCCGGAGCCAGAGGUACAAAUUCCACCAUCAGGAGAUAAGUUGACAGAGGAUAAUCUUGAACAGCUCCCAGACUCUUCGGCCCCUGCCCCUACUGCAACUGUAGCCAGCACUAAAGGUAGCUGGGAUCCACGAAGUGCGGCAGCCACUCCAUACUCAAACCUACAAUCAACCCCACAAGCCAUCCGUCCUCCAACUAGUGGUUUCCAAGCUUCUGCAUUGAAGGCAACAGGAUCAUCUGGACGAACUCCCAGCUAUCAGCGACGAGUCCUUGAUCAAGAGGAAGCUGUCCGCAUGCCAGGAAAUCGUGAGGUUGAGCGAACUGCUGUCCAAUUUGGGGCAUUCAACUUGAAUGGUUCCGGCGAGGACGAUGUUGAUGGAGAUCGCGAGGAGGCCGAGACCAGAGCUCAACCACCACAACACUCUCCAGUAGCCCCAAGAGCUACUCUCCCCCCUGCCCCUCCUCAGCCAGCUACGGUUCCCGAGAGCGUCCCGACCCCAAAGCAGCCAGCCGGCUUACCAGCAGCUACCCACCCAACCGCUGCACCAGGUCUUCCAUCCCCUGCUCCUCAUCAAAGCGCUCAAGCUACGGCUCAACAAGGACCUCAAGGAAAUGCCCAGUACAGUCAGUAUGGUCGAUAUGGCCAGGCUGGCACACAAGAGUCUUCCUUGCCUCCAAAGCCUUAUGACGCAUUCAACCAGCAAGCUCCAUCGGCCCAAAGUCCUUUCGAAGGCUACCCAUCUCAACCAUCUCAAUCUCAGUCUCAGCCACCAUCUGGGGCUUUCUCCUCGGCUCCCAAUGAGUUCUCCUCGUACUAUACUGCUGAUCCUCAGCAGCAACGCAAUGCCUACAAUAGCUACUACCAGCAACAGUACGGCCAGCAGCAAGGAUCUCAAGGCCAAGAUGGUCCUGCCUCUCAGCAACGUGGCUAUCCAGGAUACAAUGGUCCACAAGCUGAAAAUUCCACGCAGUUCCCCCAGAGCGCUGCACAAACGACCCAGUCUCGCUAUGCAACUGCCGGUGAGGGUCAAAACAGCGGCCACACCACUCCAAACCCAGUUGCCCAGAACCAACAACCAGCUGCUUCCCAAGGCGCUCAACCUCAACCAGGCCAUCAGCAACAGCCACAGGUGGGUAACUACCCAUACGGUCAUCCUUACUACCAGAGUCCAUACUACGCUGCCGCUGCUUGGAACCAAUACCAACAGGGCUACGGCGGUAACUACCCUGGCGGACCAUAUGGCGCAAAAGGCGGCCACCAACCAUAUCAAGGCUAUGGAAUGUCUCCUGCUGCUCCAUACGAGCACACUGCAUCUCCAGCUGCAGGUGGCUUCGGAGCUUCUUCGCUUCAUGGCCGUGACAGUGCCCUUGGAGGUCUUUCUGAAUAUGGCCGUGCUGGAUCAGCUCAAGCGUCCCAAACUCCGCAAGCACUUGGUGGCAGUGGAGCUUUCGGUGGACAUGAUGCAUUCGGCAGGGGUUCUUCCUACCAAGGUCAGGGACAACAGCACUACAACAGCCAACAGGGCGCCCAACCAAGUGCCAGUGAUGAUCUGAAGCCGUUUGGGGAUUCGAAGACUUCCAACGGCCCAAGCCCUUCACUCCAGGCUGGACGACCAGGAUCUGCAACAAACGCCAGCUCCGGAUCAAGCCUUCCUCCAAGUCAAACUCAGGCAGGUUAUGGCGGAUACCCAGCUCAUCUCCAACAACCCGGGCAAGGUCUUCACGCCAACCAGACUGGCAGUGGAUAUGGAGGUCUUGGAGGAACCGGUCACCAGGCAGGUGGACAGGGUCAUCAAAACAGCCAGUACGGAGGCUACCAAGCUUUCAGCGGCAACUAUGGAAACUAUGGCAAUAGCCAACAGCGCGGUGGAUGGGGCGGCAACUACGGACACUAA